AUGGGGUUGUGCGUCAAGCCUCCUCUUGCCAUGGAGGGGCACCCGAGCAACAGCGGGGAUGACAACAGCAACGGUGCGGAAAGGCAAAGCAAGGUUUGCCCGUCCAUUCACGCGCAGCAACAACAGUCAGCUUCAGAGUCGCCAAACACUUUGUUCUCCAAUUCCAGCGUCAUGGAUAACGCAUCGUCAUUAUCGUCUGCCGCAAUCCCACCAGCACCACCCCCAACCACCGCCACCUCUUCAUUUUACCCGGAGCAGGUUGCCUUUCUUACUUCGGUGGGUGAAAUGGCAAAGCGACUGGCACUCCAACGCAAGCCCACGCACCGUGGCGAAGGUCAUGGCAACGCACACCACGGAAUUGACAUGGAUUUGCCUUUUCUGCGCCAAGGAGAAGCACCGCUUUCUGUAAAGACAUUGGUGCGGGGCGAGGGACAGCGGGUCCGGCUGCGUCUUGCCCUGGAAUCUCAGCUGCAUCAACAGAAUCAAGAUUCACAAAAUAAGAAUUGCGGAAACACGGCCGCCAAACAAAAGGGAGAUUCUUUAAAAGAUAAUGGGGAUGCUGGAAGGAGCUUGAGCGCGGGCCGCCGAGCGGCGGGAGUCCAAUACAAUCACCCUGCCAGCCUAUGUACAAUUCUUUCUUGUUUUGCUCCGCUGAAAGCAUCGUACUGGCAGGAUGAUCGUCUUGUGGAGCCCUAUCUUGGGGAAUGCUACGACCCAGACCCCCAGCGUCGUCGCGGCAAUAGGAGCGAUGAAAAUACCGUAAUUGAGAGAGGGGAAGACGGCGGCGCGGGCGGCGAAGAGUUGGAUGAUGACAGCUGCUCUGUUGACAUAAAUGACAAGACGGAUAGCCAUUCCGACUGUGAAUCGCAUGAUGGAUCCGAUCGCCUGCGGCAGAGGCGGGGCCACAGUGAAAAGGCAAUGCGAUCGUACGGCAAGAUGCUCACUCACAACCGCUGCAGGAAUGACCCGGUCUUUCAUGAUGCCUUUUUUCUGGACACAGGCAACAUCACAGGCGGAGAACGGCGUAAGAAACUUAUUGUUCUGCAGUCGUACCGUGCCUCUGUUAUAUCUUUUGUGGAUAUGAAAGUGCUGAAAAAGGAUAUUAACAAUGACUUUUACAUUCAGCAUCCCGAGCUUGAAAUACGUGAGAUUAAACUCACCCACCUGCGAAAAAUACGCGCUGCGCUGCUUAACUUUGCUCUCGAGGAUAAUUCCCCUAUAGAGGUGGUUACCGUCGCGCAUGCCAAUUGGUACUUUGAGCGACUUGUCAUGCGGGGAAUGGUUGGCAAGCGGAACUGCGGACUCGCUGUCGCCGCGUGUAUUCUACUCGCCGUGAAGUUCAUUGAGACAGGCGACAUUCACAAGAAGAUUCAAUACGUCAAGACACGCUUCCGACAAGACGAGGCAUUCGCCAGCCUGACGUGGCAGAAGGUUCAGGAAUGGGAGUUCCGUGCGUAUGUUGGGCUGGAAUUCACGCUGAUGCCGGAGAACGGCAAUCAGGUCGUCGAGGCACACUUGGAGCGACUGUUGGGCCAAAUAAACCUCACAUCGCAGGAGUACUACAGCAAGAAGUUUGCACUUCCAUAG